AGGAGUGAGAGAAGAGGAGAAAGAGAGGGAGACAGCGCAUACACGCACACGGGCUCGCACACACACACACACACGCACACACACGCACACACGCGUGUAGACAACGGAGUGGACAUGGGUCUGUGUGCCGUGCUGUUGAUCUGUCUCUCCCAGGCGGAGCUGGCCAGAGUGUGGGCUCAGGAGCAAACAGGCACGCCGCAUGGCGGGGGCUCGCUGAGAUCGGACCGGGCCCUGGAGGUGCCCAGGGGCCGCAGGGAGCGGCGGGAGAGCCUCAACCGGGCCGGGGCGGAGCACAUGGGCGGCGGAGGCCUGGCCAUCGACACGCUGCCCGACAACCUGACCCGCGUGGUGGAGGACUCUCAGAAGUACUACUCGUGGCAGAGUUUCGGUCCUGCUGACAGACACAUGCAGGAGCUGUGGACAGACCUGAACGCCAUCCAGCAGAGCCAAGUCCGAGUGCACGGAAUCCUGUCCAACACACACCGACAGGCAGCUCGUGUUGCCUUAUCCUUUGACUUCCCAUUCUAUGGACACAGUCUGAGACAAAUCACCAUAGCAACUGGAGGGUUCAUUUUCACUGGAGAGAUCACACACCGUAUGUUGACGGCCACCCAGUACAUUGCCCCGCUCAUGGCGAACUUUGACCCCAGUUUCUCCAAAAACUCCACCGUACGCUACAUGGACAAUGGUGACGUGUUUGUGGUCCAAUGGGAUAAAGUCCGGAUUCAGGGCCGAGAGGCUGCCGGACCGUUCACCUUCCAGACCGCCCUUUUCAGCAACGGCACCAUCGUCUUCGGCUACAGAGAUGUUCCUUUGGGUGUGGAGCAGAUCAACUCCACGGAGCACCCUGUGAAGGUGGGCCUGUCUGAUGCCUUCAUGGCUCUCCCCUCCUCACCACAGUCUCCAGACACAAAGCGCAGAACCAUAUACGAGUACCACCGAGUGGAGAUCGACACCACGAAGAUCAUCAAUCAUUCGGCCUUUCGGUUCACACCGCUUCCCACCUGUUUGCAGCACACCUCCUGUGAGCUCUGCUUGACGUCCAAACUGACCACAGACUGUGGGUGGUGUAAUACCCUACAAAGGUGUUCAGAUGGUAUAGAUCGCCACAGGCAGGAGUGGUUAGAUUAUGGGUGCCCAGAGGAGGCCAAGGACGAGACCUGUGAGGACUACACUCAGGGGGGGUCAGACACGACCGCGGCCCCCUUCACCCCCACUGCCCCAGAUGCAGACCCCACACCCGUGUCCCACCCUGAGAGACCGGUGACUGAGGAUGACACCAAGCGCCUCUUUCACUACCAUGGCAACGACCUGCAAACGGGCUCCUCCGGCCAGGAGGAGGCGCCAGAGCACACGGCCAUCAUCGCUGGCGUAGUGGCGGCGCUCGUCCUGCUGGUCUUCCUCACCCUGCUGGCCGUCUACUACAUCAACACGCACCCCACUGUCGCCCCACCAUUCUACCUCAUGCAGCAGCGCCGCACCAAUAACUACUGGCCUUCCAUGAAGUUCCGAAACCAGGGCUGUCAUUCCAGCUACGCGGAGGUAGAGCUCGGCCAUGAGAAGGAGGGCUUCAUCGAGGCCGAGCAUUGCUGAGGGGUUGGGGUGGGUCUUCUGACACCCAGGAGUUGGACUAAGGCACCAGUGGAAGUGGUGUGUGUGUGUGUGUGUGUGUUUGUGUAGGGGGAGAGGGUGUUUUUUUUUUUGUUUGUUUUUGUUUGCUUUUCGGGGGGUAUUUUGUUUGUUUUUGUUGUUUUCUUUUUGUAAAGUUUUUUUUUUUUAAUGGAACACGGAACAAGAAAAUGGCAAAGCCAUUGAGGGGAUCUCAUGGAAAAGAAAGCAAUACACCACACAUACAAAUACACACACACACACACACACACACACACACACACACACAGACACACACACACACACACACACACACACAAGGACUUUUCGUGUCAGUCAAAUUACCAGUAGAAUUCCUAACCAGAUUCUGCAUCUCCUGCUUCACCUUGCGGUCCCUCUCGCUUUAACUGUUUUUUUGGGGAGGAGAAGAAAACAAAAUGGCCGUGGAAAAGGGGAGCACAUUAUGGAACUGUGAAAAGAUGGAGCUGACAUGAGCUGAGUCACUAUCAUCAUCACCCCCCCCACACACACACACACACACACCUCCUCGUCUAUAAAAUCUGUUCCUCACUCCCUGUUCAGGAGGGCUGGCAUUAUGGGCCGUGGUCAAUUUAACUGCAACUAUUGUACAAUACCUUAUAUCUUUGUAGUGUUCUUGUUCUGUUUGUUUUUCAAAGAGGAUAUUUCAUGUUUUCUAAAAAAAAAAAAGAUAGGAAAUGAAAGAAAAGGCGGACGUCGUGUUGAGCACCGACUUAUGUUUUCAUGCAUAUUACUCUGUUAGUUACAAGGACUGGACUGCACUUUAGUUUUUAUUAUUUUUGUCUGUUUUUUUUUUAAGAAUGUGGUUGUGAAACCACAUCAAUAUCAAUAAGAAGAGUUUCCUGAUCACGCAGUGAGAAAAAAACUAAAGAAAAAAAAAAAGCUUUAUGAACAGGCUACCUGGCCAAACCAAACCUUUCACUGAAUGUGUUAAGUUCAACAUACUGACUGACACACAUGAUGGCUGAACUGUGUGGCCCUGAUGUGGCCCUAGUCAAACACAUGUGGCCCUGAUGUGGCCCUAAUCUAGCUCACAAGUGACCCUGAAGUGGCCCUAAUCUAGCUCACAUGUGGCCCUUAUGUGGCCCUAGACUAGCUCACAUGUGGCCCUAGACAAAUCUCUUCCAGUGACAGCUAUGAUCUGAGACAACUGAGAAAUAAAGACACCUCAGACACAAGAAGCUGCUUCAGGUGCUCUGAGAGGUUGAUGACCUUCAAAGUUGACCUGCGGUCACUGAGAGUUCACUUCACUUCACACCAUUCUAUUUCCCAUUGUACCAUUCCAGUUACGAUUGUGAGAGAAGAGUAUGCUUGUCCCCAUGUGACCACUCCAGGAAAGACUUUCUCCAGGUCUCUAAACGUCUCUGUCCAGCCUGUCCACCGACUGCCAUAGGAACGUGUCAUUGCAACAUUGUAUUUCUGCCAUGCAGCACGCUAUGAGUGAAUCAAUAAAAAAAAAUCAGUUGAACUGUA